AUGUUGGAUAUCGUUUUAAACCGUACCCAAAGAAAGACUCCAACAGUUAUUAGACCCGGUUUUAAAAUCACUCGUAUUCGUGCAUUUUAUAUGAGAAAAGUUAAAUUUACAGCUGAAGGAUUCAGUGAAAAAUAUACUGAUAUUAUAAGUGGAUUCCCUAAUAUUAAUGAUGUUCAUCCAUUUCAUCGUGAUUUGAUGGAUACUUUAUAUGAAAAGAAUCAUUAUAAAGUUUCUUUAGCUGCUGUUUCUAGGGCCAAAACUUUGAUUGAACAAGUUGCUAGAGAUUAUUUGAGAUUAUUGAAGUUUGGUCAGAGUUUAUAUCAAUGUAAACAAUUAAAGAGGGCUGCUUUGGGUAGAAUGGCUACUAUUACUAAGAAAUUAAAGGAUCCUUUGGUUUAUUUAGAACAAGUUAGACAACAUUUGGGUAGAUUACCAAGUAUUGAUCCAAAUACUAGAACUUUAUUGAUUUGUGGAUAUCCUAAUGUUGGUAAAUCUUCAUUCUUAAGAUGUAUUACUAAAGCCGAUGUUGAAGUUCAACCAUAUGCUUUUACUACUAAGAGUUUAUAUGUUGGUCAUUUUGAUUAUAAAUAUUUAAGAUUUCAAGCUAUUGAUACACCAGGUAUUUUAGAUCGUCCAACUGAAGAAAUGAAUAAUAUUGAAAUGCAAUCGAUUUAUGCUAUUGCUCAUUUAAGAUCUUGUGUUUUAUAUUUUAUGGAUCUUUCUGAACAAUGUGGAUUUUCAAUUGAAGCUCAAGUUAAAUUAUUUCAUUCAAUUAAACCAUUAUUUGCUAAUAAAUCAGUUAUGAUUGUUUUUAAUAAAUCAGAUAUUAUUAAAACUGAAGAUUUAGAUUUAGAAAAACAAGAAUUAUUGAAAUCAUUAUCAACAUUCCCAGGAGUUGAAAUCAUGCAUGCUUCUUGUCAUGAAGAAGAUAAUGUUAUGAAAGUCCGUAAUCAAGCUUGUGAAAAAUUAUUAACUGCAAGAAUUGAACAAAAAUUAAAGGGUACUGCUCGUGUUAAUAAUGUAUUGAAUAAGAUUCAUGUUGCUAAACCACAAGCACGUGAUGAUGUUGAAAGACAACCAUAUAUUCCUGAUGCUAUUAAAGAAUUGAAUAAAUAUGAUAUUAAUGAUCCAAAUAGAAGAAAAUUGGCCAGAGAUGUUGAAGCUGAAAAUGGUGGUGCUGGUGUAUUUAAUAUUAAUUUGAAAGAUAAAUAUUUAUUAGAAGAUGAAGAAUGGAAGAAUGAUAUUAUGCCAGAAGUUUUAGAAGGUAAGAAUGUUUAUGAUUUCUUAGAUGCUGAUAUUGUUGCUAAAUUACAAGCUUUAGAAGAUGAAGAAGAAAGAUUAGAACAAGAAGGUUUCUAUGAUUCUGAUUCUGAAUUAGAUGAUGAGGAUACUAUUGAUAUUAAAGAUAAAGCAGAAUGGAUUAGAAAUAAACAAAAGGUUAUGAUUAAUGAAGCUAGAAAUAGAAAAUCAUUAAAGAAUCAAGCUAUUAUGCCAAGAGAUCAAGUUAAGAAAUCUUUCAAUGAAAUGGAAGCACAUAUGUAUAAUAUUGGUUAUGAUACUAAUAAAUUGAAAGCAACUAAAUCUAAAAAGAAUGAAGGUAAAGCAUUAUCAGGUGUUGAUAUAUUAAAGAAGAAUCAAGGUAUUAAAACUUCAAGAUUAUCUAAGAAGAAACAAGCUGUUAAUCAAUCUGAUCGUCUUAAUGAUGGUUUGGCAGAUGGUGCAUUAAGAUCACAAGCUGAAAGAUUGGCUAAGAUUCAAAGAAGAGAAAGAAAUAGAAUGGCAAGACAAGGUGAAGGUGAUCGUCAUUCUACUGCUGCUUUACCAAAACAUUUGUUUAGUGGUAAGAGAGGUAUUGGAUCUACUGAUCGUCGUUAG